AUGGAAUUCGGAAACGCAUACGAACGACGCUCGAGAUAUAAUAGGCAACUCCAACAAUGGAGUCCAGUAAAGGAAACGGCUGGGGCUCCAAGUGUACCCCCACAAGUCGGCUAUUGUUUUCAUUCUCCAAAGAAGCACCCUUGGAGACCUAUUAUGGGUUACGAGGAAAUUGAAGUCACCCCUAUGCCAUCUCAGCCGAUAACAAAUACAAUGGUGGAUCCGUGCUAUACUCCGGCGGGCAUGGCUGCAGAACCGCUGCGCUUCCCCAACCUGGUGACAGGGUUCGACCGAAGCCCUGAGCAUGCCGCCCGCGCCGCUCUCUACACGCGCUACACACAGUAUGAGUGGAACCAGAACAGCAUCAAGAACUACAACGAAUCUGAUGCCAAGAGGAACUUCUCCGAACGCGUGAGAAAUGAUAUCAUGAGGAUGCUAAGGGAAACUGAUGAAAUCGGAACACAAGGACAAAGGGACUCGGGUAGGAGGAUUGGUGAACGUAUUACCGAUACUACAUUUUGGAGGAAUGAGGUUUCAAUAGAAAUGGAGCGUUUAGUGUCGACGUGUGAGAAGCUGAAUGACACUCGCCGGCAGUUAGAGCGCGCUAUCGCGGGCAUUGAGGGUCCUCUACACAUCGUGCAAGAGUGCCUCUACCACAGGGAGAAGAGACAGGGUUUAGAACAGGUGCAUGAUGCAGUGGAGCAGUCGCUUCUCAAGGAAGUCGCUAUACUGCGCGAAUGUCAGGACAAAUUCCGCAAUAUGCUCGAAAAGGUGCGGGCACAAUCCAAGAACUGUCGUGCGACACAGCAUGAGUUGGAAACCGACAUGCGCAACAAGGAGUACGCGCUCGGCAUAGACUCCAUGUGCCACCAACUGAAUAACUUCUCCAAGGGUCUUCAAUUCUACGCGGGUAUCGAGCGCUACGACCCGACAGUGUGCGACACGGAGCGCUGGGCGGCCGCCUCCGCCGCCACGCUGCAGCGCAGCCAGUCUGAACGAGCCAAGGCGAUUCAAAUGCUUACUGACACUGAGAAUCUGAUCAACGUGUCAGCAACGGAGAUCUGGGACCAAUGGAGCAACUCCAACAGUGCGUUCACGCGCCGCAUCGCAGAGACAAUUGAAAUCAAGAACAAACUGCAAUUACAUCUGCAUAAGAUACAACAAGAGAUCUUUGACAUCGAGAAGACUCUAGAGUUGCUGAACAAGGCGAUCGAAGACAAGCUGCAGCCCAUGAAGGUGGCUCAUACACGUCUGCAGGCCAGGACUAAUAGACCGCAUCUUGAAAAGUGCAGAGAUGAAGCACAAAAUAGAUUGGUAAAAGAAGUAUGCGACCUGCAAGAGACGAUGGAGACUCUCCGCUCGAAGAUAGCUACAGCAGAAGGCACACAUCAGACUUUGUUGGGCGUCCGCGCAGGACUUGAAGCAGAGCUUCGUAAUAAGACGACGACGCUGUUCAUAGACCGUGACCAGUGCAUGGGGCUCCGCAGGGGAUACCCUGUCACCGCCGCCAUUAAGUCCUAG